AAGGAAAUCCCACAGCAUGGCUGAGCAGAGAUGCAUCCAGCUUUCAACAGAGAAGGUUACCAGCACUGUCCUUAUUCUGGGCACUGAACUCUGCCUGGACGUCCACGGGGCAGCCCCGAGGGGUGCAACCUGCUUCGAGGUCUGGGCCACCCAUGGCCUGAACAUCUACGUUGACCACACGACAAAAUCAAAGGUCUCCUGCCAUGACUCAAAAUGGCCGCUGGACAGGACCGUCAAGGUCAGCGCCACCAUGGAUGCACCAAGCAAUCAAGUUGAUGACGAAAAGAUCAGAGUUUCGUACUAUGAUGGUAACGGCAAGGUUCCCAUUGCCAAAGCGAUUCUGCAUAUUACCUGCAUAGAAAUGUCCUUGGAUGCGGAUAUAAACCGUUCGGGAACAGUGACCAGAGCAGGGAAUCAAAAGGACCAGUGGACCUGGGGGCCGGAUGGAAAAGGCGCCAUUCUCUUGGUGAACUGUGACCGAGACAAUCCUAAAGCCCCAAAGGAAGACAACAAGGACGCCAGGCCGACUUCCAUACAGGACCUUGAGGAUAUGUCCCGUAUGAUCCUGACAACUCAGGGACCUGAUGAAGUUUUUGCAAACUACCAGCUGACUCUCCACAUCUCCAAAGCUGAUGAUGACAAAGUGGGAGUCUUCUACAUUCAAAGAAAGGAGCAGCUAUAUUACAAACACAUUCUAGGAUCCGGAAAGAUCUCCUACCAUGUCAAACGGAACUUUGGUCAAGUGCAGACCGUUUUCUACGUUGAAGGGCUGAAAUUUCCAGACAUUGACUUCUCAGGGCUUGUCACUUUCCACGCUUCACUCCUGGAGCCCGCCAGGAAGGGGGUCCCAGAAACUUCCAUUUUCACGGAUUCUUUGGUCUUCCGGGUUGCUCCAUGGAUUAUGACCCCAAACACCUUGCAGCCAGUUUCUGUUUAUGUCUGCAGUGUCGAUGACAAUAAGGAUUUCGUGGAACAUAUAAGGAAGCUUGCUACAAAAGCUGGAUGCAAAUUAAUUAUCUGUCCGGAAGAGGAAAAUCAGGAAGAUAGAUGGAUCCAGGAUGAGAUGGAGUUUGGGUACACCCAGGCUCCGCACAAAACAUUCCCGGUUGUCUUCGACUCCCCCAGGAACAAAAAGCUAAAGGAUUUCCCCUUUAAGGCGAUUUUGGGUCCAGAUUUUGGGUAUGUAAAACGGGAACUAUCCCCUGAUAUGUCUGGUAGUAGCUUGGACUCAUUUGGGAAUCUUGAAGUCAGCCCUCCAGUGACUGUCAAAAGCAAGGAAUAUCCCCUUGGGCGCAUCCUGAUAGGAGCCCCUUUUCCUAGGCAUAGGCCCAUGUCCAAACUGGUCAAGGACUUCCUCAAAAGCCAAGUUGUACAAUCUCCCAUUGAACUCUACACGGAUUGGCUCUUUGUGGGACACGUAGAUGAAAUCCUGAGCUUUGUACCUGCCCCAGACCAGAAGGGUUUCCGCCUGCUGCUAGCCAGCCCGAGAGCCUGCUUCAAACUGCUGAAAGAGAAGGAAAACGAAGGCCACGGAAAAGCCAAAAUGCCCGAAGGAAUUGAAUUUCAGGAACACGGUCGGCAGCCCCGUUCCAUAUCAGAAAUCAUCGCUGACAGAUUCUUAAAGAAGUGGAAUGAAUACUGCCAAAAAUGUAUUGAUUGGAACCGAAACAUCCUUAAAGAGGAGCUGGGCCUGGCAGAGGAAGACAUUAUUGAAAUACCGCAGCUUUUUCACCCUUUUCUCCAGAUACCUCGGGUUUUGGUUCCUCAUGUGAUUACGGCUUCCGCUGAGGCUUAUUUCCCAAACAUGGUAAACAUGAUUGUUCUGGGGAAACAUCUGGGCAUCCCAAAGCCGUUUGGACCCAUCAUCGACGGCCAAUGCUGCUUGGAGAAAGAAGUCCGCCGUCUCCUGGAGCCCUUAGGGUUGUCCUGCAAUUUCAUCGAUGACUAUGGAACUUACUACCUCAAGCUCGGCGAUGUUCACUGUGGCACAAAUGUCCGCCGGAAGCCCUUUUCCUUCAAGUGGUGGAACAUGAGGCCUUGAGGGCCUCAUCACGCCUUCUGUUUUCCACCCAAUGAGGAUGAUGAGGCAGAGUUUGUGUCUCUUCUCCUGCAUUUCCACAGGAAAUCCAAUAACUUUUCUAAGAAUUCCUGGGUGAUUCCUCUUUCAGUUCUUAUAUGAAGGUGCUUAGGAGCUUCUCUUGUGAUUUAAACUUUC